AUGAAAAAUGAAUUAUAAACCACACCUGAAAUUAAUGAAAGAUUAGAAGAAUUGAUACGUAGCACUCAUCCUCCAAAAAUAUAAAAUGUAGUAUCUACUGUAGAUCUAGGAACAGAAUUAAAUUUAGUAGUAAUCUCAAAUGGAGCAAGAAUGGCUGAAUAUAGUAUGAUUAUUUUAUUUAUUUUAUUCUAGAUCCAAAGCGAUUUUCUGCAGUGAUUAUGCGUUUAAAUAAUCCUAGUACAACUGCUCUUAUAUUUCAUUCUGGCAAAAUGGUAUGUACAGGAGCUAAAUCUGAAGAUUAAUCUUUAGUUGCUGCUAGAAAAUAUGCUAAGAUCAUCCAUAAAUUAGGCUUUCCUGUUAAAUUCAAAGACUUUACUAUUUAGAAUAUAGUAGCAAGUUUCGACUUUAGAAAACCAAUCAAAUUAGAUGAAUUCACUAAAGAUUAAUUAUAUCGAUCUGUCGUAUAAUAUGAACCUGAAAUCUUCCCUGGAUUGAUCUUUAGAAAAAUUACAGACUAAAAAAAAAUAACUUUGUUAAUAUUUGUUAGUGGUAGAUGUGUAAUAACUGGUGGAAAAAAAACAGAAGACCUAAAUAAUGUUUUUAAAUUUAUUUUGCCUAUUUUGGAUUAAUUUAAAAAGAGAGAUCUAGAAUAUUGA